AUGUUACUGCGGAAAGUAUUAUUUAUUAUCGGGAAUACAAAAAUAUUGCAAAGAACAUUUGUUCAUAGAAGUUUUCAAUUUUUACGAAAGAGAAACAAUCAAUGUACAUUAACCUCAGAAUUAUGUACUAUAUCUCCAUUUGUUGCAAUGGGCAUUUGGAGUCUUAAGACAAACAAAGGUGAUAGUGAAACAGUUAUAACCACAAAAGAAGUUGUAAUAGCAAAAGCAGAUGCAUUAUAUGAUCAGGAACAAUAUCAGGAUAUAUAUAAGCUCUUAAUAAAUUUCAAAGAUAGUGGAGAUGUUGAAAUUAUAUGGCGCUUAUGCAGAGCAAUGUAUAAAAUGUCUAAGAUAACCAAUGAAGUAGAUGGAAGGAAACUAAUAUUUGAAGCCUAUGAUUUAAUACUUGAUGCUCUUAAAAUAAAAGAGGAUCAUUGGGCUGCACACAAAUGGGCAUCAAUUCUUCUUAAUUCUAAGACUCUUUACGAAGGUGUAAAGUCCCAAAUAAGAGAAUCAUAUAAUAUUAAAAUGCAUAUGCUGAGAGCAGUAGAACUGAAUCCAAAUGAACCAAUGCUUAUGUAUAUGCUAGGUUCUUGGUGCUAUCAAAUUGCUGAUUUGACAUGGUAUCAAAGAAAAAUUGCUUUAAUAAUAUUUGGAGAACCACUAUCCUCAUCGUUUGAAGAAGCCUUAAAAUAUUUUAUAAAUGCAGAAAAAAUUGAUCCCAAUUUCUAUAGUCAUAAUUUGUUGAUGUUAGGGAAAACCUAUUUGAAAUUAAAUCACAAAGAGCAAGCUUUAAAAUAUUUAAAAAUGACCGUUGAAUAUCCUGUAAAAAACGAAGAUGAUCGCAAUGCUAAACAAGAAGCAAAACAAUUAUUGAAACAAUUUUAA